CGCUAGUCACUGACGGUGCACCUCUACUGUUUCUGGCAAAAAAAAAGUCGCGUUUUUUUUUGUGAAAAUUGCCACAAAAAGUUUCGAAAGUUGGCACGGUUAUUGCCACUGACAACGGAAGACUGUAUAAACUGGAAAGAAGGGAACGCCAUUUAUAUUCUGACCAGGAUCGCCGGAUAAGUUCAGUUCAAGAAGCUUUUUGUCGUCCCCCGCCAUCGUGUUUGUGGGUACCGGCGUUAAAGAACGCUCAAUUGAAAUUGAAGCCAAAGUUUUGCACAAAAUUCACGAUAAGAUGAGCCGCAGAAGAGCACAUGAUACGGAGGAUGAGGGAUAUGAUCACCGGCGAAAUAAGCGGAGACGUGUGUCGGAAAACCAGGAGAUCGAAGAUCGUUUGGAAUCGCUAAUCCUGCGAGUGGGCGAACGGAGUACCUCUUCCGUUGAGUCCAAUCUAGAAGGACUCGUUUCUGUUCUGGAGGCCGAUUUGGGAACUUUUCGGUUGAAGAUCCUGCGCAUCCUGUCCGAUUGUGCCGUGAGAAUGCCCGAAAAGUGCACCGUUUACACAACUUUAGUGGGUCUUCUUAAUGCUAAGAACUAUAAAUUUGGCGGCGAGUUCGUAGACCACAUGGUAAAGACCUUCAAGGAAUCCCUCAAGCUAUGUCGCUGGGAUGCCGCCCGUUAUUCGCUGCGUUUCCUUGCCGAUCUGGUCAACUGCCACGUCAUCUCGGCCACCAGUCUUCUCCAGCUGCUUGACACCAUGAUCGAUGUUUCCAACGAAGAUACAGUUCCACAGGUGCGACGAGAUUGGUUUGUUUUUGCCGUACUGUCCACGUUGCCCUGGGUGGGCCGUGAUCUCUAUGAAAAGAAGGAGUCUGCUUUGGAGUCACUAUUGUUACGGAUCGAGGUCUAUCUGAACAAACGGUCCAAGAAGCAUCAUAAUGCGCUAAGAGUGUGGUCCUCGGAUGCACCACAUCCACAGGAGGAGUACUUGGACUGCUUGUGGGCGCAAAUACGAAAAUUACGGCAAGAUAAUUGGGCGGAAAAGCAUAUACCACGACCGUACCUUGUGUUUGAUUCGAUACUUUGCGAGGCACUGCAACAUAAUCUGCCCACAAUUGUGCCACCGCCGCAUCAAGAUAAUUUUGAGUACCCUAUGCCAUGGGUGGUUUACCGUAUGUUUGAUUACACCGAUUGCCCCGAUGGACCCAAUUUGCCGGGUGCCCAUUCAAUAGAGCGAUUCCUAAUUGAGGAACAUCUGCAUCAUAUUAUUGAAACAUACCAUCACGAGCGCAAGGAUUGCGCCGCUCAAUUGCUAAGCUUUCCAUUCAAACACAAGAUCCCGCUGGAAUACUGCAUCGUCGAGGUGAUCUUUGCUGAACUCUUUCACAUGCCAACGCCACGUUACCUUGACAUCUGCUAUGGCUCAAUUCUAAUCGAAUUAUGCAAACUGCAGCCGGCCACGCUGCCUCAGGUUUUAGCCCAGGCUACUGAGAUCCUGUUCAUGCGUAUCGAUUCGAUGAACACGUCCUGCUUCGACCGGUUUGUUAAUUGGUUCUCCUACCAUUUGAGCAAUUUCAAGUUUACGUGGUCCUGGGACGAAUGGGACAGCUGCCUGCUACUGGACGGCGAGCAUCCGCGACCAAAGUUUAUUCAGGAAGUGCUACAGAAGUGCCUACGCCUUUCGUAUCAUCAACGCAUUACGGAAAUGAUGCCCACGACAUACGCCAAGUUGAUUCCCAUGACGCCAGUGCCAAACUAUAAGUACGCCAACGAGGAGGCAGCAAAUUUACCGGGAACAACAGUAGCCCAUCAACUGGUAGUCGCCAUCAGGCAGAAGUGCACACCCGAGGAGGUGGUUAACAUCCUAAAGGACAUCCCAAGCAGCGGGUACAGCGGCGAGGAGAUGUCCGAUGGCAGCUUUAAUGCUCUGAAGAUCGAUGUAUUCGUCCAGACGCUGUUGAAUUUGGGCUCAAAGUCGUUUUCACACAGCUUUGCUGCCAUUUCCAAGUUUCAUUCGGUUUUCCGUGCCCUGGCCGAAACGGAGGAGGCACAAAUCUGCAUCCUGCACAAUAUCUUCGAGCUCUGGUCAUCGCACCAGCAGAUGAUGGUAGUCCUUAUUGAUAAGCUGCUUAAACUGCAGAUUGUCGAUUGCUCGGCGGUGGCCACGUGGAUCUUCUCCAAGGAGAUGACCGGAGAAUUUACAAAAAUGUAUCUCUGGGAAAUCCUUCACCUGACGAUUAAGAAAAUGAACAAGCAUGUGAUCAAGCUGAAUUCCGAAUUGAGUGAGGCCAAGGAAAAGCUUGCAAAGGCGGAUUCUUCGUCUAGCGAUUCAGAGGAUGAUUCUUCGCAUAAAAGAAAGAAGCCCAUAACACAUGCAGACAAACCCUCCGAAGAGGUUGUUGAACGCAUGGAGGAGAAAUUGGAAGCGGCGAAUGUGAACCAGAAGCGUCUGUUUCUCAUUGUCUUCCAGAGAUUUAUUAUGAUUCUGUCCGAACAUCUGCUGCGUUCCGAUACGGAUGGCCGUGAUCCGGAUACGGAUUGGUAUCGCUGGACAAUUGGACGACUGCAACAGGUCUUCCUUAUGCAUCAUGAACAAGUCCAGAAAUACAGCAGUACAUUAGAAACGCUGCUAUUCACCUCCGACCUGGACACACACAUAUUGGAAGUGUUCCAACAGUUCGUGGCCCUGCGUGCCUAAAUGUGGCACUCGGCAAGCUAAACCAUCCCCAAUAUCCAUUUACCAUUUACUGCCCCACACACACACAAUCGUUUUUCACUCUCAGUUGAGUAUAGUUUUUGUAACACCCUUUAAAUUUAUUCUAAUGAAAUUCAGUUUGUAGGAUUAACCUUGCUUAGACAAACUGUGGGUUAUUUUUUGCCCUAAUAAUAAGAUUAACUGUCCCCAAUAUGUGAACACUAUAUUAGAUAUAUAUAUAUAUUUUUUUUAAGUAUAAACGACAAUUAAAGUUAACAGAAAGAUUAUGAAAAGAUAACACAAAUAAAGUCGAAUAGGGUAGUUCUUUACAAUGAUAAAGAUCAACAUAGAUAUAAAAGUAAAA